AUGCCCCUUUGGAGGUGCCUGGGAGGCCGGGCUGGGAGCCAGGCUGUGGUGGGGCCGGGCUCCCGUGGGCUCCUGCAGCCUGGUCCUCCCAGCGCCCUCCUGGCCCGCAGCACAGAGGAGGAAGCUCCCCGCGGCCACCGCCACCAGCAGAGCAGGCCCCAGAGGAAGUGCGCAGGGCCCCUGCCGCCCCCGCAGGGCCCAGGCCACCCACCCGCCCAGGAAGCGGAACCUGCCUCUCCCAGGAGCAGAGGACCCUGGGGAGGCCCAAUCGCCCGCGUACAGGAGGCGCCAGGGCAGGCCAGAGAGAAGAUGGAGCCAGAGUCCCUGUACAACCUGCUGCAGCUCCACGGCGAGGCGGCCCUGCCCACGGAGGAGCAGCUCCCGCCAGGAGCCAAGAAGAAAUACCUGCCCCCUAGUUCCCGGAAGGACCCCAAGUUUGAAGAACUGCAAAAGGUAGGGCAGCCUCAGCACCGAUGCUCUGGGGUCCGUCCCCUGCCUGGCACUUGCCUCCACCUGGGGGACAGCAGGCUGCCCUCUCCCUUCCUUGGCCUCUGACUGACGGGGGGGGACCCGUAGGCCCUGGAGACCUGCUGAAUGCCGAGCGCCAACCUGUGCCUGGCACACCCCAUCCACCUCAUGACUGUCGAUGGGGACUUCUGUCACCUGUGUACCAGGGAGAGGUAGCAGACCGUGUGGGCCACCCAGCUCGCCGUGACAUAGGACCUCAGCCUUGGUCCUAUUUCCCACUUGGCCACCCAGGACAGAGGGGAGCUGGUGGCCGGUGGGUGUGGGCCUGGGCCACCUGUUCUCGUUCUCGGCUGGGCCAUGGGUCCUCUGCUGUCCCGGCUGGUGUUGGUGGGCUGGGCCUCCCCUUCCACAGUCUCUGUGGCUCUGUGGACCUUCCCCCCUCUCUCCUCCACCCCUUCCCACCUGCCACCGCGCACAGCCCUGCUGGCCCUGGGUCCUAGAGAAGAGCCCCCUGGCCAACAGCCUUCUGGGUUUGGGUCCCCAGAAGCUGGUCGUGAGCUGUGGAUUUGGGUUGGGGUCAUCCCAGGUGUGGAAGGAAGGGGCCAGCGCAGAGAGGGACGGAUGGUCAUGGCCACGGGGACUUGAGCCUGUGUCCCAAGAGUCAGCUCAGUACAGAGGCCUCCGUGUCCCACCCGGUGCCUCGUGUCAUCCGCCUGCUGUGACCUGUCCCCACAGGGUUGGGCCUCCAGGGACAGCCCCAGGCAGAGCUGUGGGGCAGCUGGCCAGUGUCACCUCCGUGGUGAAGCUUGGGGUGGGGUUGGAGGAGGACCUCAGCAGCCCUGUGCCCGCCCUGUGCCAGCCGUAACAUGUCACCCCCAACCAGGUGGCCUAGAGCCGGGGGAACGCCACCCCUGGGAGUUCUGGAGGCCGGAAGUCCCACUUGCAGUCUUGCAGGAGUCUGGAGCCUGAGGGGACAGCCCGGGCCUGUGUCAGGA